AUGGCAAAUACUAUUACAAAACAAUACACCCGUCUCCUUGCCCUCUGGCCCAAGGACGCUUUGCGCCCCAAUCUUCCCUUCACACGCGCAAUCGAACAUCAUGGCAAACCAUUCGGCCUGCAACCCAUAACGCCCGCUCCCGAAGAAGGCGCAAAGCCUCAGUCCCCUGCAUCUACAACACCAGCUGCAUCGUCACCGCCUGCGAACCCCAAGCUCGAGCAAGCCCAAGUGAACGCACUAUUUUCCUUGCUGGAGAACCGAUACAGUACCAAAUAUGCACUGUCGCCAGGUGUACUAAAGCCCACAUCUGCACCAGAGCACUACACAAGGUUAAUGGACGAGAUUGAGCGGGCGCCUAAAAAGACGUGGUGGGAGGCCAAGCUGGAUCAAUGGAAGAUGAAGAUUCGAUGGUCAUGA